UGUUUCUUGCAGGCCCCCGUUUCCUUGUGACAGUGUAUUUAUCUAGGAACUAAACAUGAAGUAUGCAGCUUUUUAAAUACUUCCUGUAUCGCAAUGGCCAAGAGUCAUUCUGCAGCCAUCCAGCGGUCAGCCCCCCCUUCCGAUUUAACUGCAUUGAUUCAUUCACGUCUGAAACGGGAAGUUCAGAGCUGAUAACUUUGGUCCGCUGGCGAGAUACUCAAGUCGAGAUGUUUGCACACACAUUUACAUGAGUUUCCAAAUAGAAGUUCAUUUCCCCUGCAUCGAAGCUGCACAGCGAUGGCGACAUGGAUGCUCUUCUCCUGCUGUCUUCUUAUGGUGACUUCAGGUCAAACCAUUGAGGUCUCUCUUGGAGACAAGGCUGCUCUACACUGCAAAGGAUCAGGAUAUGGAGAUGCGUUCACUACUGAGCCGAAGAGCGUCACGUGGAAGACCCAAGAUCAGAUAGUGGUUGAGUACGAUGCAACAGAGGUCAGGAUUGGCCCUGGGUUUGAGGGCAGAGUACAGGUUGACAUCAAGAAGUUCCAAGAAGGAGACUUCACACUAACCUUGUACCCCACACGCUACAACGAUGGUGACAUGUAUGAAUGUGUGUGGAAUAGAGGUGGAACAGAUCAAACAUUUCUUGGAAGUGUCCAUCUUAAAGUAUUAGCCCCUCCUGUUCCAGCCCCUCUCUCCGUCACGGUGGGACAGUCUGUCACCCUGCCCUGCUACGCCCACAUAUACAGGCAGAAAAGCCAGGAUGCCAUAUCUCUUCAGUGGAAGAAAGGCCAACAGGACGUCCUGCAGAUGAAAUCGGGAAAGGUGACUUAUGGUUCGGAACAGCGAAACCGAAGCUCUGUGUCGCUAGACCGGAUCAGGCAGGGGGACCUGUCGCUCACCGUGCAAAGUGUCCGUCUCGCCGAUGAGGGAGUUUAUUCCUGCUCUUAUGAGCUGAACGACCACCCUGAAGACGGAGACCCUGCCAGAGUCACGGUCGCGGUUACAGCUUAUACAGCCAACAUUUCGUUGUCUCUGGGAGAGACUCUCCACCUGCCGCUUUACACCGAGAAACCAGCGAGGCUCCAGUUCUCCAAGGCAGGUUCUGGCCAUCCAGUGAUUCUGUGCUCCAUACAUAAUGACCAAGCCCAGUGGAAUGCGAAUUGCAGUCGGAAAGCUUUCGUCCAGAAUAGUACUUUGUUCUUGGACAGUAUUACGUCAGCCGAUGAGGGGCUGUACACAGUGCAGGACAUUCAGACUAACCGAACCGUCGUCGCUGUCUCUCUGAGCGUGAUGGAGGGCCACACAGAAUCACGAAGUUGGCUGACGUUGCCAGUUACAGCUCUGAUUGUGGGUAUGGUUGUACUUUUGUAUGCAUUUUAAUAAAAAUGAAAAGGAAAAACAUUCCUCAAAUACAAGCA